GCUCAGAAGCGCCUCAGGAAGCAAGUUGAUAAGAAGAGAGGCGCAGUCAUGGCAAGCCUCGAGCCCUGGUUCAUCGACCUGCAACAUGGGCGCGUUCGCAUUGUGCAGCGCGACUUGCAGAGCGCCACGAGCCCUCACCGCAAAGAACGUGCUGAGAGUGCAGACAGCAUUGGCACGGCAAGCACCAGCACUUCCAGCAUCUCCCGGGGGCCCUCAAAGCAGACCCAGACCGCCAGCGAUGUGCUUUGGUGCGAGUCCAGCAUCUUUGCCAAGCCACCAGAGUGCGCCGCAGCCGCCAGUUUCUGCUCCCCUGCUGCCUUCAGCCGUUGGCUCUUUACGAGCGCGGCGACGCGGCGGAACGAAGCGCGGGCGGAGAGCGGCGCCCAAGCUCCUCGUGGCGCGCGAUUGCUCGUGGGCUGGCGCGAGGCGAAGCCUUGCGCCAGCGCACUGAAAGCGGCCAUGACUGGCAAUACCCGCGGCUUGCGGAUUGACGACACGCGGCCCAAAAGCUGGGAUUGCGAGAAGGCGAAGGAGCUGGUGCGAGCUAUGGUGAUCAUAUGUGAGCCGCACUUAAAGGAAAGAGCUCAGGAUUGGAUCAGGUCCGAGUUUUCGCUUCGAAAGGUUUUGCACCUUCGGGUGGCCACCGCAAGUGAACUGCCCUCAUUGCUCAGGGAGCAAUAACAUCAGUUCACCAACGCCGGGGGUGGUCCUUCAAAUAGAA